ACCUGUCGAUUUCCCUCCCUCUCUCUCUCUCUCUCUCAAUUGCUUUCUCGGUCUAGAAUUUUCGGUUGCCUUUGAGAAAAACUCAAAUUUCAAGUAUUUUAUAAAGUAAUUUUGGGAAAAGUACUUAUUUCCUUCUUGAAUCCUCAUUACAUCCGUUUUCAGAAGCAAAAUUUGAUUCGGAAACGUGAUUUCCAAGGGUGGACAAUUAGUUAGAGCAGCGGGUGCUGUGAUUUUUCAAAAGUAAAAGAUUAUCUGUUACUUGAUUGAAUUCUACAGUAAUUCUCUGCAUUAUCGUUGAGUACUAAUUUGACUUUGAUUUGUAUAAAUUUGGGUGAUUUUGGAGGCUAGAUUACUUUGUGGUGAGAAAAUUUAGUUUCUGGUUGCGUUUGAGCUUCAGAUUUGGGAUCUAAUUUAAUUUUGAAGAAUUUAUCCAAUAUUUUUCUGGGUUGAUUGGCUGGGAAAUUUGAUCUCAGUUUUAUGUGUGAAGUCCAGAGAUUAAAAUUCUGAAUAUCGAAUUGAAUUGAGAUAUUAACUGCUGAAUCUGAGCUUGUUAAGAAAGAAUGGUGUUUGUUUUGGGAACUUUAUUAGCAAAGAUGAACAAUCUAUCGACAUCAGAUCAUUCAUCCGUGGUCUCCAUUAACUUAUUUGUUGCGCUCCUGUGCGCAUGUAUUGUGAUCGGUCAUCUAUUGGAGGAGAAUCGUUGGAUGAAUGAAUCCAUUACCGCGCUUGUAAUUGGCGUAUGCACUGGAGUUGUGAUUCUAUUAAUAAGUGGAGGAAAAAACUCGCAUCUUUUGGUGUUUAGCGAGGAUCUUUUCUUCAUUUAUUUGCUUCCGCCAAUCAUUUUUAAUGCUGGGUUCCAGGUUAAGAAGAAACAAUUCUUUCGCAAUUUCACGACUAUAAUGCUGUUUGGAGCAAUUGGUACUCUCAUAUCCUUCAUCAUCAUAUCAUUGGGGGCCAUUACCUUUUUCCGAAAUAUGAAUCUCGGUCUCGCAAUAGGAGAUUAUCUUGCAAUCGGAGCAAUUUUUGCUGCAACAGACUCUGUUUGCACCUUGCAGGUGCUUAAUCAGGAUGAGACUCCCUUGCUAUACAGUCUAGUGUUUGGUGAAGGCGUUGUAAAUGAUGCGACAUCUGUGGUGCUCUUCAACGCAAUCCAGAACUUUGACCUUUCUCAUAUCAGUACAAGUGCAGCUCUGCAGCUAGUUGGAAAUUUUUUAUAUUUAUUUAUUACAAGCACCGUGUUGGGAGUUGUUGUUGGACUGCUUAGUGCAUACAUCAUAAAGAAGCUGUAUUUUGGAAGGCAUUCCACCGAUCGUGAGGUUGCUAUUACGAUGCUGAUGGCUUACCUUUCAUACAUGCUCGCCGAAUUAUGUAAUUUAAGCGCUAUUCUUACCGUAUUCUUUUGUGGGAUUGUGAUGUCGCAUUACACUUGGCAUAAUGUAACUGAGAGCUCAAGAGUCACCACCAAGCACACCUUUGCAACAUUGUCAUUUGUUGCCGAGAUAUUCAUAUUUCUUUAUGUUGGUAUGGAUGCUCUCGACAUUGAGAAAUGGAGAGUUAUAAGUGACAGCCCCAAAACAUCAGUAUCCGUGAGCUCUAUUCUACUGGGAUUGAUUUUGGUUGGAAGAGCAGCCUUUGUUUUCCCUUUAUCAUUCUUGUCCAACUUGACCAGGAAGUCUCCGUUUGAAAAAAUUGGUUUUAAGCAGCAAGUCACAAUAUGGUGGGCUGGUCUUAUGCGAGGCGCUGUUUCCAUGGCUCUUGCUUAUAACCAGUUUACAAAAUCAGGACAUACUCAGCGAUAUGGAAAUGCUAUCAUGAUUACUAGUACCAUAUCAGUUGUUCUUUUCAGUACAGUGGUGUUUGGCUUGAUGACUAAACCUUUGGUGAGGCUCUUGCUUCCCUCAUCAAAGCGGUUAAGCAGAAUGAUUUCUUCAGAGCCAGUUACUCCAAAAUCCUUCAUCGUACCACUUCUUGGCAAUGAACAUGAUCCUGAACUUGAUAUGGACGAACAAAAUAUUGUUGACAGUCAGAAUUCAGAAGCUAAUCAAGGCGAUCGAAAUUUGCCUCGUCCAAGCAGUUUAAGGAUGCUCUUGAGGAAGCCUACACACACUGUCCACUAUUACUGGAGAAAAUUUGAUGAUUGCUUCAUGCGUCCUGUUUUUGGUGGACGGGGUUUUGUACCAUUUGUUCCAGGUUCUCCAACCGAACAAACUGUGCAACAAUGGCAAGAAGAGUCCAAACGCUAAGCAUCUAGUUGAGGGUGGCCCAUGCAAUCAGGUUUUGGCUUUUCGCUUGUUAAUAUUUUGUAGUGUUUUUCUUCGUGUGGAUGAUAGUGGUGUCUAAAUUAGCAUAUCACAAAUUUAUACAUUGCAGUGGUAUUGGUCUGAUUCUUGAUUUCUACAACUACCCAAUCGUUCAUAUUUUGGGAAAAUCCGGCAGGUUGUCCCCUCCCUGGCCCAGGUUUUGGCACACCAAAUCGGUGUAUAUUUUUGUAAGCACAUAACAUAUCUUUGUGUAUGACUUACUGUAAAUUGUUUUCACCUUACAUUUGAGCUAAAAUCAGAAUGCAAUUAUAAUUUUUUGGUUUCUGUGGA